ACGUGAUUAUGACAUUUCUAAACGUGAGUGUCUUCAUCUGUCUUCAGGUUGUCGUCGUAAUAAUGACGGUGAUGUCUACAGAAACGUACGAAAUUAAGGGAGAUGUCAUUUUCUCUGAUGCGGGUGUCAUAUCUCAUCGCAAGUCUCGUCCACGAAAUUUCUUUCUUGAUCAAUCAUUUAUCGACAAGACAAUCAGUCCGCAAACUUCGCCCGCAACAGCAGCGAGAGAUCGAAUUGUCAGCCAGCGAGCUCUUCGCGAUGUGUCCUUGAAAGAUCAAGCUAUCUAUCCGUCCGAUUUUCCAAUUUUUCAUCAUCAGCCGAUCAAACAGAACUCUUUUACGAUAACGUCGUUUAGAGAUAAACCAUUGUUCAGAGACGCAAUACUGAAGAAUCGACAAUUGCGUGAAGAACGGGCGAACUUCAGAGACAAUUCUUUAGAAGAACAAUUGCUUACGCCAGAGGAAAUCUUCGAGGGACAAGCGUCAACGUAUAGAAGCCAAGCACCGUUCAAAGAACAAUUGUUUAAAAACUUAUUCCACGGACAAUCAUCCUUGGCUGAACAAGCAUCGUUUCAGAAACAAGCGACUUUCGUCGAAUCACCGUUCAUCUCUAACUCAAUCAAGUCCUAUCGAGAUGAUUAUAUUAAACCAAUCGAUUCGUAUGGACGAUAUAAGGAUAUAUUGACUUCGUUUGACGGAAAAUCUCCGAUGUAUACGAUGGAUUUAUAUAAUCAUAUGCCUGGAUUAUCUUCAAUGCAGAUGAGUUCUUCUUCCGAAUAUGUCCUUCCGUCAAACACCGAAAUGCCCAUAACGCCUCCAUCAACGCCUGUCGUUAUGCAUGGAGCUAAUCCUGUCAUGUCUUCUGUUUCCUCUGGUAUGAACCAAGCUCAUUCCUCAAGAGCUUCCAAAAUGGAACUCGGCCCGACACUAACGUCGGCGAUCAACUGCAAUGCGCCGGUUGACAGCUCACCAACAACCGUUCCAUCAAUCUCAGUUAGCACAAACCAAUCCUCGAUUGUAGGUCACAUCUUAACGAGUUUAACAACCAAGCCCAGUUCGUCUGUCAUGGCUACGGCACCAAUAGCACCGUUCGCCGGAAAGAUCCCGGAACCGAUUUAUUUUCAUGCUACUAAACAUGGGGCUGUCACAUUUUCUCCUCCUACUUUGAGUGAAUUGAAUAACAUGCAUUCCAAUUUGUUUUCACCGAAGAGUAACCUCAAGAUCAACGAGCACGAUUUUAAAUUUCUAGCUCUAGAAACGCCGAAAAACGAUAUGAAAGUUGAGAUUCAAAGCCCCAUGUUGAACUAUAUUCUUUCUGAAGAGCACAAGAGCGGACUGAAGGGUAUUCAGAACUCCUUUGCGGACUAUAUGCUACCCGUGAAACUUAAACACGACUGGCCUUUACAAUUCUCACAACAGGAAACAUCGUCCAAUUAUAUUCCGUUGUUUCUGAGCGGAAAGACGAAGCUUGUUUUGCCUGUCACACCCAUUUCUUGGCCAGUAGAGGUUAAAAGCGACAUUUCUACAAUGCUACCAUUGAAAUCCAUAAUGACAUCUAACGUAAUGACAAGCAACAUGCCAUUAGGCAUAGACUUACCUGCGGACUUCACGGCAAGCAUGCCAAACAGUCUGACUCCAAGUACACCCAAUGGUAUAUCUGGAAGCAUAACUGGGGGCAUAUCAACGGGCAUACCUGAUGGCAUGACGGCGGACAUACCUGCAAGCAUACCAACUUUGAACCUCGAGCAAAGUUUACAUCGCAUAGAACAAUUACGACAAACUCAAGGAGCAAGAAAUCCAUGGUACCCCACAGGUAUCUUAGUUCUACACGCUAAGCAAGUUUUACAUCUUCGGUUUCGAUCGUGACCAUACGUUUAAUGCAAGAUCCAGAGUCUCUCUG